AUGUUCUGCAACGAACAACCAAGAUCGCGAAUUCCAGUUCUUCUGAUUGGCGACGUUUGGCCAAUUUGCUUAAUUAUCACAACAGGCCUCACCAAUGGAUACUUCGUCUCCCUUGGGGUUAUUCACGGACCAAGUUACGUGACGUCCGAGAGGAAGGAGUGCGCUGGUAUUGCCAUGGGAAUCUACAUGGCACUGGGUUUGAGUUUUGGUGUGGCCUUCUCAUUUGCAUUGGUCGCUUCUCUGUGA